AUGUCGGAGAGUGCCACUGUCCACUGUUUCUCUGUUGUUCGAGCUUUGAGUUCGUUGAACCUUGAGGUCUGGAAAGCCGGGUAUGUCGGAGAGUGCCACUGUCCACUAUUUCUCCUGUAUGUCGGGAGAGUGCCACUGUCCACUGUUUCUCAUUUGCUAUAUCGAAGAGUGCCACUGUCCACUGUUUCUGAUUCUUGGCCCAGCCGGGUAUGUCGGAGAGUGCCACUGUCCACUAUUUCUCCUAGCUAUAUCGAAGAGUGCCACUGUCCACUGUUUCUGAUUCUUGGCUAG